CGUUAAGGCUGAAAGACGUGGUGGUCGUUUGCAGUUUGCAGAGAGUUAGAGUUGUACGAAAAACCAAACAUUCUCCUGCAUUUUGGAUUAUGCGGACUGUAAUUCCAAUUGCUAAUGCUCGUAAUCUUCUUCAUCAAGCGUCGUAUAACAAUCACACUUCAUCAUCACUCUCAUUCCCAGUCUUUCGCCUCGCUGCCGGUAGCCUUCAGCGCAAUGUUCAUCAUGCUUUAUGUUUCCACCCUCGUCCUCUAUCCAUUUUUUGGAUCGUCAGAGCUGACAAACCUCAAAGAAUACAAUCGGCUCGAGCCACUAAGGAUGAUCAAUUGCCAUUGGAGCGUGGAGGUCAGAAAGAUUUGGGUGGAGUGGGGGCGGAAGAAGCUACCCUUUUAGGAGAAAACAGUGGCAUUAUCUCCGCCUGUUUUGUUGGUCUCCUCACUGGCCUCUGUGUUGUUCUCUUCAACAACGCGGUGCACGAAAUCCGUGAUAUUUGCUGGGACGGAAUCCCAUCUCGAGGUGCUUCAUGGUUAAGAGAGUUGCCAAACGAGAAAAUGUGGAUGCGAGUAAUCUUGAUACCCACUUGUGGAGGAUUAAUCGUUAGCUUGUUGAACAUUUUUCAAACUACCUUUUUAGAUGAAGGAGAUUCAGCAGAUAGGUUAAAAGCUGUUAUGAAACCGAUACUGAAAGGGGUAGCAGCUGCUGUAACACUUGGAACUGGGAAUUCUCUUGGCCCUGAAGGUCCAAGUGUUGAGAUUGGCGCAUCAGUUGCUAAAGGAAUCGGUUCAUUGUUUGAUAAAAAUGCUCAAAGAAAACUUUCUCUUAAAGCUGCAGGAUCAGCUGCUGGAAUUUCAUCUGGGUUCAACGCUGCUGUUGCUGGAUGCUUUUUCGCUGUUGAAUCAGUGUUAUGGCCAUCACCUGCUGAGUCAUCAUUAUCACUCACCAAUACAACAUCAACAGUUAUUCUCAGUGCUGUGAUAGCUUCUGUAGUAUCAGAAAUCGGCCUUGGAUCUGAACCUGCAUUCACUGUUCCAGAUUAUGAUUUCCGUUCAGCAACCGAACUUCCAUUAUACCUUCUAUUAGGUAUCUUUUGUGGGCUUGUAUCUUUAAGCUUUUCUUCAUGCACAUCAUGGAUGAUGAUGACAACAAACAAGAUUCAAAACACCUUCUCCAUACCAAAACCAGUAUUCCCAAUACUUGGUGGCUUUACAGUUGGGCUCAUAGCCUUGUUGUAUCCAGAAAUUCUCUAUUGGGGAUUUGAAAAUGUUGAUACCCUUUUAGAGACACGACCCUUUGUGAAAGCUACUGGAAUGGCAUAUGGGAAAAUAUUCGGUUCUUUCAUUCCUCAGUUUAACUCAAUCUUUCAUAUAUCAGGCAUGGAGGUUGCAUCACCACAAGCAUAUGGCCUUGUUGGGAUGGCUGCUACACUUGCAGGGGUGUGUCAAGUGCCACUUACUUCAGUGUUGCUUUUAUUUGAGCUUACACAUGAUUAUCGAAUAGUGUUGCCACUUUUGGGAGCUGUAGGGUUAUCUUCAUGGAUAACAUCAAGGUCUUUAAAGAAAAAGGAUGAUGGUGAAAAUGAUUUUUCAAAAAAGAAAGAGAAUGAAAACAAUAAUAAGUUUGGGACGAAAGAGCUUCUUGUAUCGGAAGCCAUGAGAAGAGAGUAUGUGAGUGUGGUUUACUCACACUUGGAGAUAUACAAGACUUUUCUUGCAGGGCUUUGGAAACAAGAGAACACCUUGUAUGGUUUUCCACACUCAACAAACCCACAACUUGAUUUAGAGAGAGAUAUAAUUUUUAGGUGCAUGCCAAUGUGAGGAAACUUCAAGGGGAAAAUGAAAGAUGUUAAUAGAGAAAUUGGUUUGGGUGUAGUUUUAUACAACAUUCAAGUUGACGUGUUUAUCCAAAAGAAAUUGUAAAAAGAAAAGUUGGGUUGCGAGGACAAUUCAAAGAUAUGCUUAAAAAACUAGAAAUUGAAAAAUAUACAAAGAUUAGAUUAGAAAAGUUAAGAGAUCAAGGGAUAAGGUGUGGCCUUACAGUUAUAUGGGAAUCUUGGUGUAUGUAAUGUGUAUGUGUGUAUAUAGCAUUUGUUAUUGUUUCAAAUGUGGUAAAGGAAUAAGAAUACUCUCAAGUUGUUUUAGAUAAUUAAGCAGAGACGUGAUGGUGAUGUGUUCCAAUAUUUAUUAUGAAAUUUUGAUAAAUGUGAAUUCACAGGUUUUAUAUAUGAAUUAUGAG